AUGCAAGAUUCGAACCUGUCAUAUCAAGAUGCGGCAAACAAUCUCACAGAAAUCCUCGGUCGUGCCGGACAGCUCGAUCCACAAGCCGCAAAAUUGUACGUUCCAAGAAGGACAGAAUAUCGAACUGUCGCGACGUACCGGCCGACAGUUGCACAAUCACCGCUUCGCGACGAGAGAAACGAGCAUAUAUUUUGCCAUUUCGUUGAAAUCACGAGCAACACGAUCUCCAUCUUCGAGAGACAUCACUACAGUCCCAUCGCGGCGCCUGCUCGGACUCUCUGGAACUUUUCAAUACCCGCUCUGGCCUUGUCGCAUAUGGCACUUGCACAUGCCAUUUUGGCGUUGGGGGCCCUUCAUCUCGCGAAAUUGAACAACUCUUCAGAAAACCUUGCAAUCAAGCAUUUUACCUGUGCUGUCCGAAGAGUGGGAAAACUCCUGGGACUCCCGAAGCGGCGGCAUGAAAUAGCAACGCUGGCUACAGUUUUGCUGCUCGGAUACUAUGAGGUUGUCUCUGGCGACCACUCACGGUGGAAUCUCCAUUUGUCGGGGGCAAUGAGGCUCCUCCAGGAGCACGACUAUGCCGGGUUGACUCGAACGACGAGACGCAUGCGAACCGGGGCAAAAGCACGAGUCAAUCAGUGGACAGCUCAAUUUGCAUUAACCGAAGAGAACUAUGCUCGAGUGGCAGGAAUCCCUCUGGCCUUGCUUGACGACACCGACUGGGAGGUUGAUCAGGGACUCGUCUCCCGGCUGACAGGCCUCCGUGUAAAUUAUGACCAACAAUUCCAACCAGAUUUCAGCUCGCGUCCGACGGUGCCAGAUCUUACUGAGAAAGACGUCGAAGAUUUCAAGGCGAAGAUGGAUUUGAGGUGGUGGUACUGCAAGCAAGAUGUUUUUCAGAGCAUGGUCUCCGGCGACCGGCCACUUAUGCCGUUCGAGGACUGGAUCUACUGUCCACCUCGAGGUCAAAUCGGGCGGUCGGAGAACCCGUAUGCCACUCUGGAUCAUCUGCUCCUGGUCAUGGCACGCCUGGCUGAUUUCGGAGGCAAAGAUCGCGGGCGCAAACAACGAGCGGUGGCUGCUCAGGGAGGACAAUGGAAGCCACCAAAAUGGCUCUUUGGACCUCAAGGGCCCCCCGGUCCGCCAGGUAGGAAGGACGGUUCAUCUCAGCCAAAGUCGGCUGCAGAAUCACUUUCCGAGAAGGCUUCCGCACCUUUCAAACCGGCAGCUGCUCAGGCGGGAGCAAGACCUUUCCCUGCUCCCAGUGCCAAUGAAGGCAGAGUCAGGCAGAGUAAACCCGGCUUACAAAGUGGCCCUGGCCCUGGCCCUGGACCGGCAACCGGUCCUCCUAUGCUUGGAAUGCUACCGCCUGCAUCCGAGCCUCCGCAGGUGGAUUCGGCUUUUCGAUCCAUGGACGCCAACCUCAAGGAUUCGGCCUUUGCAUUCAAACGGGAGCGAAAGGAGGCCACGCCACCAAGCAAUCUCGAGGACGACACUGCCAAAGCAUUCACAGAGUAUAACGAGAUAAGCAAAGCCUUUGACACCUUCGCAGAGUCCCUGGGCCCAGAAUUCGAGCCUCUGAAGCAAAACGGGCCCCCCGUCGCUACACCUUUUGGGCCGGCGCUCAUAUACAAGAAUGGCGCGGUUGCGUGUAUAUGGGCAUGUUACUACGUGGGACGUAUCUCGUUGCAACGGCUUCACCCCGAGAUGCCGCCGGCAGCAAUGGUUGCUGCCGGUGUCACCGGACACCUCACUCGGGAGUAUACGCAGAUGGUGGGCAAGAUCUGUGCAGGACUGUACUCGAGGCAGCUGUAUGGCCAGAGCGGAGCCCUCGAUCCCAGUUUCGCAGGCUACCUGAUGGAGAGCACGUUCUUCCUGCUGUUUGCAGCAAUUCAAUACACCGACGCUGCGCAACGAGGGUGGACAAUAAGCAAACUGAAAGAUGUCGAACGCAGAUGUGGAUGGCGUACAUCGGGCGCCAUUGCCGGCGCUUGCGAGACUGCUUGGGAACGGAUGGGUCAAGCAGGACGAGGACCUCCAUACGAGCGAACUCUGGCGGCCCACAGCGAGGACAUUCGCAUGAGCAGAGCAUCACCAAAGUCGUCCCCGCCCAGUGGCGAGCCAUCGGAUGCUGCUGCCGAACAGCACGAGUCUGAAUUUGUGAACCACGAUCGGAGCCUCAUCGAUCGGUCCAGCUCUACUCGGGUGCACUGGGCGCUGGGCUUGCUGUCGGUUGAAGAAGACAUCCAGAAGAUGGCCUUGGAGGACAAGUAG